GGGAGGAAGAAGAAGAAGAAUAUGAAAGUGUUUUGGUGAAGAAAAAGAAAGUUGCUUUCUUUUUUUAUUUUGGAUGUUGUAAACAGAGGUAGCUGAAGAGUUUGGAGGAAAAAAAAACAAAAACAAAAAUAGAAAUAAAGCCUGUUUCUUUUUUGUUUCUUGUAUGAGCAAUUUACAUGGUUUUUAAUCUAAUGGAAGAAGAUGAGGUGGCGGUGGCGGUGGUGGUGGAGGAGGAGGGGAGUUGCUGACAUGUGCAAAUGAAAGGUGGGGAUUUGGUGCUGAUUGUUGUUGAAGAAGAGCUAUAAAAAAAAAAUGGGGUGCAGAGUUUAAACGCUUUGCAUGUGUGAAGCAUAAGAUCUGAAGCUGGGUUUGAUUGGAAAAUCUACAAACUGGGUUUUGUAUUGUGACUUGUGCGUCUUCAGGAAAUGAGAAUUGUAGAUUGGCAUUUGAGUUUAUAAUUCAAUACAUAGUUGUUUCAGAAGUUUGUUAUUGUAGCUGCUGGGGUUGUGGAGGAUUGAAACUCUAUUGUUAAAUGGAUUGAAGGCACAUUUUUCUUUGGAUGCACAAUGUCAAAGGCAUUGGCAUCUGGGCUGUUGAUUUCACUUCUUAUUAUGUCAGUAUCUGCAGCCGAUAACGGAUUUCCCCGAUGUAACUGUGAGGAUGAGGGUAGCUUGUGGAGUAUUGAGAGCAUUCUCGAGUGUCAGAAAGUGGGUGAUUUCUUGAUUGCUGUGGCCUACUUCUCGAUACCCAUUGAGCUGCUUUACUUUGUUAGCUGCUCAAACGUCCCGUUCAAAUGGGUUCUCUUUCAGUUCAUUUCAUUCAUUGUACUGUGUGGAUUGACCCACUUGCUCAAUGGCUGGACUUAUGGUCCACACCCAUUUCAGCUAAUGCUGGCUCUCACGGUCUUCAAGAUUCUCACUGCUUUGGUCUCAUGUGCCACUGCUAUCACACUCAUCACUCUCAUCCCUUUGCUUCUCAAAGUCAAGGUGAGGGAAUUCAUGUUGAAGAAGAAGACUUGGGAUCUAGGACGAGAGGUUGGAAUUAUUAUGAAACAAAAAGAAGCUGGGUUGCAUGUUCGGAUGCUUACUCAAGAGAUUCGGAAAUCCCUUGAUAGACAUACAAUUUUGUACACAACCCUAAACGAGCUAUCUGAGACACUGGGUUUGCAGAACUGUGCAGUUUGGAUGCCUAAUGAGAAUAAAACAGAGAUGAACUUGACCCACGAGGCUUAUGAGAGGCGGAAUCAUUCAGAUUCAUAUAAUUGUUCUAUACCAAUUACUGUUCCAGAUGUUGUAAGGAUCAAGGGGAGCGAUGAAGUGAAUAUCCUUAGCCCUGACUCAGCACUUGCCGCUGCAAGCAGUGGAGAGACAGGUGAGCCAGGACCAGUAGCUGCAAUUCGAAUGCCAAUGCUUCGGGUUUCCAAUUUCAAAGGGGGAACUCCUGAGAUGAGACAGGCUUGUUAUGCAAUAUUAGUUUUGGUUCUUCCAAGUGGACAACCUAGAUCUUGGAGCAGCCAGGAAAUUGAGAUUAUUAAGGUAGUUGCUGAUCAGGUGGCUGUGGCUCUUUCCCAUGCUGCUCUUCUUGAAGAGUCACAGCUCAUGAGAGAGAAAUUGGCCGAGCGAAAUCGAGCCUUGCAACAGGAAAAAAUGAAUGCUAUGAUGGCAAGCCAGGCAAGAAAUUCCUUUCAAAAGGUAAUGAGUGAUGGGAUGAGGAGGCCAAUGCACUCAAUUUUGGGUUUGCUUUCAAUGAUGCAGGAUGAGAAUAUGAGUAGCGAUCAACAAACCAUUGUGGACACAAUGGUGAGGACCAGCACUGUUCUAUCAACCCUGAUAAAUGAUGUGAUGGACAAUUCUAGGAAAGAUAGUGGAAGAUUUCCAUUAGAGAUGAGAUCAUUUCACUUACAUGCCAUGAUAAGAGAAGCAGCUUGCCUAGCUAAGUGCUUGUGUGUUUAUAAAGGCUUUGGUUUUGCAAUUGAGGUUGAGAAGACACUGCCUGAUCAUGUAAUGGGUGAUGAAAGAAGGGUUUUUCAGGUGAUUCUGCAUAUGGUUGGGAACCUGUUGAAUGGAAACAAUGGAGGGGGUUUUGUAAUUUUCCGGGUUUUCAAAGAGAGUCGAAGUCAGGGAAGGAAUGAUCAAAGAUGGUCAGCCUGGAGGCAUGGCUCUUCUGAUGGGGAUGUAUAUGUUAGAUUUGAGAUUGGGAUAAACAAUAAUGGUUCUCAAUCGGAGGGUGCAAUUUCUGUUGCACAGCCUGUUGGUAGGAGAUACACCAGCGACGGCCUUGAGGAAAGCUUGAGCUUCAGCAUUUGCAAAAAACUAGUACAGUUAAUGCAAGGUAACAUACGACUUGUCCCUAGUCCUCAAGGUCUUGCUCAAAGCAUGGCACUUGUUCUUCGCUUCCAACUCCGACCAUCCAUUGCAAUAGCAAUCUCAGAACCUGGAGAAUCUUCAGAGCAGCCACCUUCUAACUCUCUUUUCAGAGGCUUACAAGUUUUAUUAGCUGAUGAUGAUGACGUGAACAGGGCUGUGACACGAAAGUUGCUUGAAAAGCUAGGUUGCACAGUUACUGCCGUAUCUUCUGGAUUUGAAUGCCUUGGUGCUAUUGGCCCUUCAGGUUCUUCUAUCCAAAUCAUUCUUUUAGAUCUUCACAUGCCCGAUUUGGAUGGGUUUGAUGUUGCAGCAAGACUUCGACAGUUUCGUAGCCGUAGUUGGCCACUGAUUGUUGCCUUAACAGCUAGUGCUGAUGAAGAUGUGUGGGAAAGAUGUAUGCAUAUUGGAAUUAAUGGAAUCAUUCGGAAACCUGUUCUGUUGCAAGGUAUUGCAAAUGAGCUUAGAAGAGUCCUGAUUCAAGCAAACAAGGUUGUAUGAUUAGUCUGAUGACACAGGCUGUAAGUUACAGAAUUGCAGUGGUCAGGAUUCUUAUACAUCCUUUUGGGGUUCUUGAUAAAAAUAAGAAAAAUAACAUUAUUUGGCACCCUCAAUGCCCCCACAAGGCUUCUAGCACACAGAUGUUAUACAAACAACAUUCAAAGUCAAAAUGCUAUACAAAAUUAGGUCACUUCUUGUACCUUUAUGUGGUUUGAGUUAUAUUAUAAUUGUAUCAUCUAA